ACAAUGUGAAUUAAAUAUUUUCAAUGCCGGCUUAUAAUUUUGAUAUAAUAUUAUAAUACAUUUAUGUUUGACUAUUAGGUUUUGAUUUGUACUAUAAUUUAUAAAUUCUUUAUCAUAAGCUUUAAGUGUAUCUAGUUAUUAUGUUUUCAACAGCCAUUCGCGCUUGUUCGGUUUCUUACACCAAGAAAUGUCCGAGUGUAAUAAGAACACACCAAGCUGUAACUGCUAUUAUUUCCAGAAAAUAUCAAUCUACGGAUUCGAAAGAGUUUAAUAGCAAAACGGCGUCCAAUGGGCAAUGGGAGCAAAUAUAUUCAGGAAUGUUAGAAUCAAGGAUUCGUCAAUUAAAAGUGGUAUCGUUUAUGACCAGCGGAGCCGGGUUAUUUAUUCAGCCGUUAUUACUACAGAAAGCAGCUGAGUUAAAUACGAGUUUGGCCGCUACAAUCGGUGUGUGUACAAUUGCCGGUUUCUUUACGUUUGUGACACCCAUGCUCAUCCAUUUAGUUACUCGAAAGUAUGUCACCCGGAUGGAUUACGAUAAAACAAAUGACCAAUAUCUUGCUACAACUAUAUCUUUUUUUUUACAACCAAAGAAGAUACUAUUUAAAACUCAUGAAGUGAGACUACCAAUGAGUCAAAAGUUAACCGUUACGUUUUACACUAAAAAUACGCCAUUGUUUGUCGACCCUCACGCUUUCACGGAUGUAAUGCACUAUCAACGUAUUUUAGGUUAUGAUAAACCAUAUGAAUUGGAGUCGGAGUUUCAAGAUGUUGUAACAAAGCCUGUUGUUAAGUCAGCCGAUGUCAUUAAUGAGGAACCGUUUGCUAUUGAUGACAAAAAAGAUGUAAUUAAAAAAAAGUUGGCUAAUAAGGCCUGAACUAAAAUACGCAGUUUAAUUUAGUUAUUACUUGUUUUUAUUAUAAUUAUGUUUUAAUGUAUUGAAUAUUUUGUAAAUACAUUUUGUUAUUGUGAAGUACUAA